UUGUUAAAUACUUUCCCCCACUUCGGACAAGUUCAAGUGCGAGAAUUCGGCCUUGGCACGCCAAAGUGUGCCAAAAAAAUAAUUUAAAUCAGCUCAUAGAACUUUAGAAAGAGCCGCACCCAAUUGGAAAAUGUCUCAAGAUCACACAAGCUCAGCGAAAAUUUUGGCGAAUUAAAAUCGAAAAGAAACUGUCAGGCACGAACAUCUACAAUUUCACCUGGUCAGCGUUAUAAAAUCGGCUGAGCACCAUCAGAGCCCAACCACAAAUCAGUCGGAGUUGGAGCACCCACCACCAAGAUGCCGGAAAAUAGCAGGUUUUACCUUUGGACAGUGGCACUAAUACUGGUAUGGCUGGCCAUCGUUCAGCUCCACAUUGCAAGUGCUGAGCCCACUAACUCCACGGUCAUGACUACCGGAUCCCCCAACGCUGUGGACACUACUUCAUCUCCCCGGAAAGUUAAUCCUCUAACGGAAGCGAAGCACGAACGGAAUUGCAAGGCACUCUGCGAGCACUGUGGCUGCUUGGGAUUCUAUUGCGGCGAGGAGUGCCUCUGCGAGUGCAACGAUGACAACUCAGACACCGAGUGCAUCCGCACCAUGCAGGUUAACGCCAAGCUGAUGAACAGCCCGUUCGACAUCCUCAUCCAGGGGCCGAGUAGCAAUCGAUUCGUCCGCAAUGCUCAGCAGUUCGAGCAGAAGCACGAGGUGGUGGCCAGGAGUGCCUCCUCAACCAGUCAGCUACCCCGAAACCGGCGCUCCAACAUCACUAUUUACAAGCCGGCCAAAAAGGGUUCUAGCCAGUCGACUCCUAACGCUCUGGAGGCGGUGUCCAAGGCUUCGGAGGUGGAUCGUGCCAGAAACAAACGGUCCGUGGAACACUUGGAAUGGUUCAACGACUUUGCCGGCUCUUUGGUGCGUCCGUCACCCUUGGGAACUCGGGCUCAAAGGCAAUCUAAGCCUGCUGGAUUUAAGCGCCAGACUGCAGUUGAGGAGCCGACUCCCCUGUUACGUAGGGAGCCAUGGUUUCUGGAGCAGAGUGUUCCUCGCUUGAUCCGUCCCGCUCCGCUGAACAAGAAACAGAGUUCCCCGAAGACCAGGAAGAGUUCCUCCUCCCGCAGGAUAAGCAAGAGUCAGAUUUCCAAGCAACAGACGAAGCCAGAGCCAGAACGUGAGAUCCGGCCCCUCCGCGAUGCCCUGCAGGUUGUGGAGCGUAUUCCCAGAGUUCUCCAGGACACAGUCAACCACCUCUCCGCCGAUGCUCCUGGUGGAGAUAUCUUCAGCCUCAACAUAAUGAACGAGGCUCUGCCGAAAGAGUCCGACGAUGAAGAGCGAGCUCCAAGGAGGCCUAAGACCAGCUCCCGGGACUCUCGACGAAACGAGAUAGUUCCGGAAGCAGUCACCCUGGCUGCUCCAGCAGCUCUAGCUCCGGUUCAAGGAGCUCUGGCUCCCUUUUCUGUCCAACCAGGCGGCCUGUUUCCGUGGCUGCGCCAACAGCGUCUGAGGCGACUGCAGGCCCGUCAAAAUAUUUAGAGGUGAUUCUCCCCAAUUUAUAUUUUAUCCAUUUUAUGCUACUUUUUGUUGUGUAUUUUUAAGUCAUGUUUGGGAUAUAAAUUAAUAAACUUUUAAACUCUUCAAAUAUUUAAAAAAUUAAA